CAACGGACAUCAGUCGAAUGCAUUUCAUUUGAAUCGAAUCACAAUGAAGACAUUUUUCAAUAUGACGUGCGUUAUUGGGUUGUGCGCAUCCGCAAUGGGCGCAGCAAACCAGCAUGAAGCAAAUAUCUUCGACACCGGCUAUGGAUACGGUUCGGGUUUCGAUCAGCACGAGCCGUCCAAUACUCAGCAAAUAUUCCAAGAGCACCAUUAUCAACAAGUGCUGUCCAAAACCAUCAUCAAGGUCGUGGCCCAACCGUACCCGGUCGAGGUUGAGAAACACGUACCGUACCCGGUUAAGGUUGAAGUACCCGUCGACCGYCCAUACCCGGUGCACGUGCCCAAGCCUUAUCCCGUGCACGUCGAAAAGCCUGUUCCUUACGAAGUCAAAGUGAAGGUACCCCAACCGCACACAGUCUACAAACACGUGCCUUAUGAAGUCAAGGUACCCGUCGACAAACCAUACACCGUCCACGUGCCUAAACCGUACGCUGUGUAUGUAGAGAAGCGCGUCCCAUACGAUGUCAUCAAGCACGUACCUUAUCCCGUCAAGGUACCCGUCGACAAACCGUACACCGUAUAUGUACCGGUAACGAAACACGUACCGUACGCUGUCGAGAAGCCAGUGCCCUAUACGAUCAACGUGCCGGUUGACCGUCCUUACCAGGUUACCGUCGAGAAGCUCAUACCAUACCCUGUCGACAAACCCGUACUGUACACCGUCGAGAAACCAGUGCCCUACCCGGUCAAAGUCCCGGUCAAAGUUGAAGUGCCAGUGCCAUACAAAGAAUACAAACACGAUGAAAAAUACUCUCCGGAAACAAAAUACGAGGAAGUACAAUCACAAUAUGCCAAUGAUCAAAACAAACAUGGCAGUCAUAAACACGUACCGUACACCGUGGAAAAGCACGUUCCCUACCCGGUCAAAGUUCCAGUGGACCGUCCUUAUCCGGUGACAGUGGAGAAGCACGUGCCGUACCCCGUCGACAAACCAGUGCCGUACACUGUCGAGAAAGCAGUACCGUACCCAGUCAAGUUUCCAGUCAAAGUCGAAGUCCCUGUUCCAUACGAAGUGCCACACCACCACGAAGAACACUCGUACGGUGGACACGGAAGCCACAGUUAUUAACUGGAAUAAAAGUUAUAUUUUUUUUGUAAAUUUGUAUACUUGUAACUUAAACCUUAAUUCGAUUUAACCAUUGUAAUAUACUUUGUACAUGAAACUCAUAUAAUUUUUUAUAAAGAAUAAAUACCGUGUUUUAACUUGA